UGAUUCUUGUUUCAGAUGCGUGACUUGAGAGCUGUGGGCACAAAAUUCUACCAUGUUUUAUACCCGAAGGAGAAGAAGGCACUUUUGAAGGAAUGGGAUCUCUGGGGUCCACUUAUCUUGUGCACAUUUAUUGCAUGUAAGAUGGUUCAGGGCUCUGAAGAUGCAAAUAAACAUGAUGGUGGACCUGAAUUUGCCCAAGUCUUUGUCAUUGUAUGGAUGGGUGCUGCAGUUGUCACCAUGAAUACCAAAUUACUGGGUGGCACCAUAUCGUUUUUCCAGUCCGUAUGUGUCCUGGGUUACUGCUUGCUGCCCUCCUGCCUGUCUCUCAUCUUAUGCCGCCUCAUACUCAUCGCCAAUCCGACUAAGAUCCUUUUUGUCCUCAGAUUCAUUGUCACUUGCAUUGGAUUUGUGUGGGCCACUUUUGCUGCCAUGGUAUUCCUCGGAGAUAGUCAGCCAAGCACUAGGAAAGCCCUAGCAGUAUAUCCAAUAUUUCUUUUCUACUUUGUUAUAUCCUGGCUCAUUAUCUCCCAUUCUUAUGUAUGAUGUUUUCCUAUCAAUCAACACAUUUUGGUUUGACAUAAGAGUUCAAUUAUUUAUUCUGGGAAUAUACUUUUUUUUUUUUUUCCUUUAAAACACAUAAGCACCUAUACAAAGAAAUAAUUCAUGUUAAGCACUAAACCCAUGUGGGUCAUUCAGCACAAGACAUGGUGGAAGUUUGGUCUUUCCAUCUAAUAAGCGUGAGACAGAUGUGCUUAUUUGUACUCGCACUAUACAUGGCUGUAAAUCCCCAUGAUAUGAAUGUUAGCUUGAUCCUGUUUUUGUUUACACCAUUCAUUGCAAAUAUGUACAUGUGUGCUUGUACAGAAGUGUUUAAAAAUGUUUAUGACAUGCACCGUGUCCAUUGCACAAGCUCAUUUCCAAAAUUGAAUUCAUCAGUUGCUUAAUACCAGCAAGUAGAGAUGAAAAUCUAAGUUUCUCGAAGAACAAGACCGCUUUUGGAUGAACGCAGAAGCUUUUCUUUUUUUGGGUCACCUACCUUGGUGAAACAACCAGUGUUAAAGUUUAAGUUUAAAAUAUUAAGGCAUUUAGCAUACAAUAUUUACAUUGUCAUCAUUGCUCAGUAAUAUUGUUUGAUUUAAAAUUUUUGUACAUGCUGUUAUUUAGUAUAGGAGGUAAAUUUCCUAGCAGGCUGAGGCUGUUUGUUCAUUGUCUAUAUUCCUGUACUGUAUAUUUUUACAAAAGAUAAAGAAUUGGUAAGGGUAGUAACAACUACUGUAAUAUGCAUUAGAUACUGUAUUAAUGUACUUUACCUAACAGUAAUAAGAAUAAUACUCUAAUGUGAAAAGUGCUAAACUUGGCAACCCUUUGACACUCCUAUCAACGUGCAUACUCAAUUAGACCCUGUUUUACUACUUGUCCUUACACUAUAAACCAUUUUUCAGUAUGUGCAUUGCAGAACUGUCAAACUAAUUACUAGUAUCCAUCUUCAUUACAACCUCCUUGUUCAGGUUAUGUUAAUUUGCUAGGUCAACCUAAUCCUCUAACAUCAUAAACCUAGUGAAUGGGCUAAGAUUAUCUUUCUCUCUCUCUGUAUGAAUACUUUUUGCAAGCAGCUGUUGAGAAAUCAUUUGGAGAAUUAAAGUGCUUAAAGUCAGAAAUGAACCUGAUACAUAAAUUUGGAAAGCUUCAUUGCUGAGAUAAAGUUGUCUUAAAACUUACAUAAAUAAACAUAAGUUUGUCUCUAUGACCCUUGAGAGUUUAAUGCUUAGUUUUUAUUAAUAUUAUUAUUACAAUGUAAUUUUGUAUCUACAAUUUAAAAAAUCAUUUUAGCAUUUCAUAACAAAAAAUUUUCCACUGAGGAAAAUUUGUGACAUGGUCUAUUGAAAAAAAAAAAACUUUCAUUAUGGUAAAAUGACAGUAUAUGACCUUGAGAGUGCA